CUGUGGGCAUCAGCCAUGAAAAAAACACCUGUUCCGUGAACUUCUGCGGGCAUAUAUAUAUAGAUGACAGAAGUGUUCAGAGAGCAGAAAGUCCAGACAGACUGCAAACAUGCUGAGGAUCCUGUUGUUGAGUGCGCUGGCCGCCCUGGCACUGGCUGAGCCCAGAUAUCUGGAGCAUCAGGCCAUGCAGGAGAGGGUUGUGGGUGGACAGGUGGCAAGUCCCAACUCUUGGCCCUGGCAGAUCUCUCUCCAGUACCUGUCCGGUGGCAGCUACUAUCAUACCUGUGGUGGAAGUUUGAUCAGAGCUAACUGGGUGAUGACCGCCGCCCACUGCGUUGACACCGCAAGAACCUGGCGUGUUGUUGUGGGUGACCACGACAUCUACACCAAUGAGGGCCGUGAGCAAUACUUGAGCGUCAGCACCGUCUACGUCCACCCCAACUGGAACAGCAACAGUGUGGCUUCUGGAUACGAUAUCGCCCUUCUGCGCCUGUCCACCAGCGCCACUCUGAACUCAUACGUCCAGCUGGCCACCCUGCCACCCUCUGGACAGGUUCUGCCCCACAACAACCCCUGUUACAUCACCGGCUGGGGCCGUACACAGACUGGUGGGUCACUCUCAGCUCAGCUGAAACAGGCCUAUCUGCCCGUGGUCGACUACAAUACCUGCACUCGUAGCGACUGGUGGGGAAGCACCGUGAAGAACACCAUGGUUUGCGCUGGUGGCGGAAGCGACUCCGGAUGUAACGGUGACUCUGGCGGCCCUCUGAACUGCCAGGUCAGCGGUCAGUACGUCGUCCAUGGUGUGACCAGCUUCGUGUCUUCAUUGGGUUGUAACACCAUCCAGAAGCCAACAGUCUUCACUCGUGUGUCUGCCUACAUCAGCUGGAUUAAUGGCAUCAUUGGAUAAGCAGGAUAGACUGAGACGAUGAAAGAAAAACAUUCUCCUUUUACCUAGUUUUAACAUCUGCAAUGUCCAAAAAUUCAAUAAACUUUACAUCAAAACUUUGAA